AUGGAGGCGGCCGCCGUGCUGAGCAACGCCUCGGCGGCGCGCGGCAACGGGAGCGCGGGCGGCGGCCAGGGGGCCCCGCCGGGGGCGUGGGGCUGGUCCGGGCCGGCGCUGGCGGCGCAGGCGCUGCUGCUGCUGCUGAUCUUCGCGCUGUCGGCGCUGGGCAACGGCGCCGUGGUGCUGGUGGUGGCGCGGCACCGGCAGCUGCGCACCGUCACCAACGCCUUCGUGCUGUCGCUGUCGCUGGCGGAGCUGCUGGCCGCGCUGCUGUGCCUGCCGCCGGCCCUGCUCAGCCUGCUCAGCGGGCGCCCGCGCGGCGCCUGGCUCUUCGGGCAGCGCCUGUGCCUGGCCAGCGCCGCGCUCCACGCCGGGCUGGGCAUCGCGGCCACGCUCACCAUGGCGCUGCUCGCCUUCGACCGCUACUGCGCCAUCGUGCGCCAGCCGCGCCGCCGCCUGGGCCGCCGCCGGGCCGCGCAGCUGCUGGCCGGCGUCUGGCUGGCCGCCCUGGGCGUCUCGGGGCCGUGGUACCUGCUGGCGCAGGAGGACGAGGAGGAGGAGGAGCGCGCGGGCGGCGCCGCCCCCUGCAUGUACGUGCUGCCCUGGAGCUCCUCGCGCCUGGGCCCGCCCUACAGCGCCACGCUGAUCGCCCUCUGCUACCUGCUGCCCUUCUCGCUCAUGUGCUUCUGCCACUACGGCAUCUGCCGCGCCCUGCGCCUCUCGGCCCGCCGCGUGCGCCCGCUCGCCUCGCACGGGCCGCCGCCGCGCCUCCACAGCGAGAGGCGCACGGCCACCACGGUCCUCAUCAUGAUCGUCUCCAUCAUCUGCUGCUGGGGGCCCUACUGCAUGCUGGGCCUGGCCGCCGCCACGGGGCACGUCUCCUUCUCGCCCACCACGGACACCGUGGCCAGCUGGAUGGCCUGGGCCAACGGGGCCAUCAACCCGCUCAUCUACGCCGCCCGCAACCCCAACAUCUCCCUGCUGCUGGGGCGCAGCCGGGAGGGGGGCUACCGGGCGAGGAACAGCGCGGGCGCCCACCUGCCUGCGCCCCAGGGCCGCCGCCCGGAGGCCAGGAGCCGGGCGGAGGGCUGUGCCAGCCACGGGCAGGGCAGCCGGGGCCCCACCGGCAGCACGCUGAGCUCCUCCAGCACCACCGGCAGGGGCGAGGUGGCCACGUGGGCGUGCAAGAACCCAGCCUUGCUCUUCUGCCGCGAAGCCCAGCUCUGUGCGUCUGCUGACGUUGCCAGGAUGCGGCCCAAAUCGGGCACCGUCGACACCAGCCUGUGAAGCAAAGCGGUGGCGGGGCCCAGAGGCCUUGGUGGCAAGUUGUGCUGACCGGGCGAGGGAAGAGCGUCCUGACACGGCAUCCACGGCGGAGGCCUGUAACCAGAGGGGAUGCUGGUGAAUGCACGGAGAAUAACCCUACGUUGGGAGGAGGAGCACCGUGAAACAAGGCGGUCCUCGGACUCCUGCGCCUUUGGACUCCCCCUGCAGAGAUUUCAACACCGUGUUCAUUUUGCAGAGCUGUGAAAAAGCUGCGGCUGUUGCAGGCUGCGUGAUCUGGGGUAUGCUGCUUCCGGUGGGUUGACUCCAGGGUUGGCUGUGUUUUACUUAGUCCUGACUACCAGCCUGUCCCGUUGAGUCCGGAGCAUGGCCGUCUCCGGAUCCAGUGCAGUCGUGUUGGGGCACAGGACUUCGGACGGGUGUGCAAAACAAGGUGUGUGAUGCCACAAGCUUCGCACUGAGCUGAGGGUGCAAUGACUCCUGUGGAGAAACGAGAGGGUAUUUUGUCUGUGCCUUCCAGAGGGUGGAAGCCUUGGGUGGGACGGCAAAUGAGGGGUUCUUUGCUGCUGAAAAUGGGCUUAAUGGCCGCCAGGGCUGCUUAUGUGAGAAGCGCCGCAACCUUUGGGGUGUUGCAGGCACUGGGCAGGAGGUGCUUGCAAUAGUUGCUCAGACGAGUUCUGCACUGCACUUAACUGUUCACUAAGCUGGGCUGUGGAUGAGGGGGAUAACACUUCUUUUGCGAUGCUUAAAUGCAGGGAGAAUGUCGUUUUACAGUUUUGGCUAUGCUACUUUCAGCGGUUGUUUGCAGUGUCAUGGUUUGUGCCUUUGGAAAGCAUUUUAUAUAUUUUGAAAGAAACGAGUGCCAGCCAGCCAGCCUUCAGCACAUUUCCACUGAUUUCUUCAGCAGACGGCAUGAACAGUGCUUCCUAUGCAUGUUCUCAGGAGUAAGUCACACAGCGAAUGACUCGCCACAAGUACCCAUUUGAGCGCGCAUGGGAAUCAGAGGAACUGUUGUGCUGCUGAGCUGUGCCAGAGAGCAGAGUGUGACUUGCUGCCUAGCAAGGAAGCAGGGAACUCAUCCUGUAUUGCAGAUCCUGGACUGAGCAGCGGGUUGGACAAGAAGAUCGCCAAAGUCUCCUGAUCAUGAGCACCCUUUGCCAUGUAGCAUUAUCACAUUUAUUGCACUAUAAGUAGAUUUUCUGGAGCUGCAGCCAGUUAGAGGCAUAACUCAGCGAGCAAAAACACCUGGAAGCAGUGUCAGAAUUUGGGGGGGCCAGUGGCAUGCACGCAUGUCCGCCCCCCACUCAGUGCCACUCCAGGAACCUGCAGAGUUCGGCUGCGCUGCUUCGCUUUCAUGGGGGAGAGCCGUUGGAACGGGCAAUCUCUCUUCUUGAAUAAUUGGCUGCACACAGAAUUUGCCUUUCCGCAAAGCACGUCAAGAGCUGAUUCUGGGCACGUAAGAGCCUGGAUGAGCAUCUUGUGAGAAGUAAGUGCCAAAAACAAAAAAGACACCCAGACUUGAACAAGCACUCGGCUACUUACUCCAAGAGCAAAAAGGUUCACCGCACGCUCUGAAAAGCUUAAUAUUUUUUGCAGGAAAAAUGGGGUGGGGGGAGACCCAGGGAGUGUCCUUACGCAUCGCUUGCCCCCGCACUUCCUCUGAGAGUCUGAUACGAGUGCAGGUGGGUGGGCUUGUCAUGGGGAGGUGGGCGCAUGGCCCAGUUUAUUGUGGUACAGAAAGACGGCCCUCGCGCAGUAACGUCUCGCUCACAGAUGUGCAUCUUCUGCAGCGUAUUGCCCUCCAGAUGUGCCCGACUGCAACUUGCAGAAAACCCCAGCCAGCAGUGCACUUCCAUCAAGAGGAAGUGAGCCGACAGUCUGCACAUGCUCCAAACAGCUGGGAAUGCACGUAGGGCAUCAGUCAGUGAGCAAAAACGCCCAGAGACUUGGAACGCGAGGGGGCCGGUGGUGAGCAUGGCCUGCACGCUGCUCUGUCUCUUCUGCGGAAAUGGACAAGGUGUGCCCUGCAUCGCUUGCUAGGAGUGACGCACGUGCCUGAAACUUGGGAGGAAGCAGUAGAUUGCAACGUGCCGGUCGAAACUCAGGGAGGAGGUUGUGCAUUAGUUGCCUAACGGGCCUGGUGUAAGAGGUGGGCAUGGUUGGGAGGUUGCUGAGGCCCCCUCGGGCCCACAGGCAGACGUUUCCCCUCCUCCUCCUCCUCCGAGUGCAGCCAAAAUGUCCUACCUCUUGGACUGGCUCGGGUACAGAAGCAGUGGCAAGCAGGAGAUGCUCCCUGUUUGGCAA